UUGAAAGUGUCUUCAUGUUAUUUUGCAAUCCAAGGCAGAGAUAGUCUGAGAGGUUGAUUCUACAGCAAAUACAUCAUGCGUCUUUUAAGUUGUUUUCUCGUGCUCGCUGUGAGCACCACCCAUCUGUGCGAUGCAGGGCCACUCCACGCACAGUGCAGAGCAGACUGGUACUUUGGGAUACGCUGUCAAACAGUCUAUGAAGCCCUCGUUUCACAGAUUAAGAAAUGGCAAGGCAGAGAUGGAUGCAAGAUGGGUGGGCAGAGAUGCCUUUACAAACUCAAGUCCUCCUCGGUCCACUUCAUAGCUGCCAAGCACACCUCACCCUUACGGGGAAACGUUGAUGACAUCAAUUUCCGGCUGGUCUCCUAUCCAUUCAUCGUCAGUUGCCGCGUCUCGGCCAUGUCGGUGUCCGAGAGCUGGUACCGAGUUAAAGACCACGGCGCCAAUUACUGUAACCUGUACAACCUCAUGGAGGGGAGUGGGUUGACCCAGGCCAGUGGUUACAGAGAGGUCACCAGUGACUUCAUGUGCACGCAGCGCUCCACUGCCAACUGCACUGUCUACUAGCGCUAGCACUGCCCAACAGAGGCCACCGCUUCAUCAUGACGUCUUCUGUUGAACUCUUUAAAAUAUCUAAAUGAAAAAUUAGAAAUGUAAUUAUUUCGUUUUUUUGGUUGAAUCCGCUAUAUCCGUCAUGCAUUUUAGUCAAAAUAUACAUUUCAAAAAGUCUCUCAGUAAAUAGUUUGAUGGUACUGAAGUGUUUUUUGGCAACAGGGUAGCAGAAUAAAAUAAUGAGGAUUACAAGUCUAAUUUUAUAAAGGAUACGCUUUCACACCUUCAACUUUUGCUAACUUCUGUUCUCAUUUUGGAAUAUUGCUCAGCCUUCGUGGCCUAUUUUGCUUCUUUUUGUCUAAUUAUGAGUUACUGUGAUUGUGAAUCAAAGUUAUAUCAUAUUUUAAGAUUAAGUCCUCCAUGUAUCGAAAUGUCGAUGAUGUUUAAUUAAGUGUAUGCAUUUCAUAGAUUUAAACGGAUUGACCAGACAUCUGUCAAUUGUAAUUUGUCUAACUGCCCCGGAGUCAGACGAGUUGUUUAGUUCCAAAUUCUUCAUUGUGAGUCUACUGUAACUCUGCAAGUUACAGAAGACGCACAAUGUCUACUGUAACUUGCAGAGUUACAGUAGCCUAGCUCCUGUUCAUGCGAUUGGGAUACUCUAUGAAUUACUUUACAACGAUUUCUAAAUUGUAUUUGUGUUCUGAAAAGUUGCUUAUUCAAAACGAGUGCCGUUAACAGCACAAAAGAAUCUAAGUUUGUCCACAAAUAAACAGAUAAGAGGAGGCAGCGUGACAUGUCUUUCUCCACAUUGAAUUUUUUUCCAGAAUAGAUACUUAA